AUCUGUAGCCGCGGAGCCGGCCCUUAGCAACCAGCCUGGCGACAGUCUCUGUGGCCGCCUUCGCUGCCGCCCCCGCGGGCUAGUCUUUCCAAACCUCCACUGCGGGGGCUGGCUUGACCCCGGUAAGAACCGAGGGGGGACACAGUGUCUGCGCGAAGGCUACAGGAGAACUAAGAAUGGAUGGCAGCCGGAGAGUCAGAGCAACCUCUGUCCUCCCCAGAUACAGUCCACCAUGCCUAUUUACAGGACACUUGAGCACCAAGAGCAACGCUUUUUGCACUGACUCCUCUUCUCUCAGACUAACCACUCUCCAGCUGGUCAAGAACCACAUGGCUGUUCACUAUAAUAAAAUCCUUUCAGCCAAAGCCGCAGUGGACUGCUCAGUUCCAGCAAGUGUGAGUACUAGCAUCAAAUACUCGGACCAGCAACGAAGAGAGAAACUGAAGAAGGAACUGGCACGAUGUGAAAAUGAGUUUAAAUUAAGUAAAGCCACAACACAGACCAAUUCUAAGAUGAAUUCCAAGUUCUUUUUAAAUUCCAUGCAGAAGCCCUCAGGGGAACCACAAGACCUGGAUGUGUUCAUCAAAGAAGUGACACGAUACCCAUCAUUUUCAAAGUCUACCAGCCCUUUUUCAGAUGCACUACAACUAAAUCUGCCUGAAUCAAAUAAAAUCCUCAUGACUGGCACCCAGAAGCAUCCCAGCACCUCCCCACCCAGCAUGGCUUACCCAGGACCUGCACCCAGGAGCCCUUGCCCUGGACAUGGCUGUGACAGGAGGCCUAGAAGUGCCUUCCCAAGUGCCCACCGGUUCCAGCUAGUUAUUUCCAAGACACCCAGUGGAGAUCUGUUAGAAAAGCACUCUGACCUCUUUUCUAACAAGCAAUUGCCGUUCACUCCACGCACUUUAAAAACAGAAGCAAAGUCUUUCCUGUCACAGUACCGCUAUUACACACCUGCCAAAAGAAGAAAAGAUUUUCCAGAUCAGCGGAUAGAAGCCGAAACCCAAACUGAAUUAAGCAGCUUUAAUACUGAAUUUGGGACAGCUGAGACAAAGAACUCGACAAAUUCAGAAGUGAACAUAAAACAGGCACCUAAUUAUAUGACACAUGGUGCUGAAGACAAAAUAUCUCUUUUACCCACACAAGGACAAAACUUAGGAUGGGACAAGAUUAAAGAUGGCGCUCUGCAGCAGCCCUCACAAUGGACACACUGUGAGCUCUCCGCACAGUUUUCUUCAGACAGUAAAAUCUACUCAGACGAAGAAGAGCUGCUGUACCUGAAUUUCAUGGAAAAUGUGACAGAUGAAAUCUUGAAACUUGGUUUAUUUUCCAACAGGUUCUUAGAACGACUGUUUGAGCGACAUAUAAAACAAAACAAACAUCAUUUGGAGGAGGAGAAGAUGCGCUACCUGCUGCAUAAGCUGAAGGUUGACUUAGGCUGUAUAUCUGAGGAAGAGCCAGCAAAGCAAAACAAUUUCAGAAUGUUGAAUCAACUUGAUUUUCAAAAGGCUCUGAUUUCCAAACAAACUGAACUUAGAAGUGAUAAAGACUCAGUGACUCAGCAAGAGCGUCAGCAGUACCAGGAGGCUCUGGACAUGCUGUCAUCUGUGCCGCCAGAUGAGAACAAGCUGUUCUCUUUCCCCGGUGAAUUUUUAAUGCCCAUCCAUAAAUCCAAGUGUUCAGAAGGCGUUAUAAUUCAACAGGUCAAUGAUGAAACAGAUCUGGAAGCUUCAACCUGGGAUGAAAACAAUCCAAGUAUUUCUGACAGUUUAAUAGACCAGGAAACCUCUGUGAAUGUCAUUGAAGGUGACAGUGACUUUGAAAAGGUUGAGACUUCCAGGGAGCUCUGUUGUCUUAGCACAUCACUGUGCCCAUCUGCUCAGUUCCCCAGCAUCAAAGGUGGCAGUAAUCAUGACAAAGAAUUAUCGACUCUAAAAAUCAUGGAAAUGAGCAUUGAAGACUAACCUUUGGAUCUUCAUUAAUAAAUACUCCAUGUGGCCAGUAA